AUGCCCGAGGUCGACCCCGCCUUCGCCGCGGUGCCGCACAACGCGCCCGCCUUCCUCAUCUGGCGCGUGGAGAGCAUGAAGGUGUGCCCGUUGCCGGCCGAGGAGUACGGCCGCUUCUUCCGCGGCGACUCCUACAUCGUAUACAGCGCCAGCGAGCAGGGCGGCCGGCCGGGCCGCGGCCCAUUGGAGGUCCACAUCCACUUCUGGCUGGGCUCCCAGACGUCGUCCGACGAAGCUGGCGUCGCCGCGUAUAAGACAGUCGAGCUGGACGACCUGCUGGGUGGCGCGCCCGUGCAGCACCGCGAGGUCGAGGGCCGCGAGAGCCAGCGCUUCCGCGGGUACUUCCGCGAGGGGCUUGUCUUUCUCGAGGGCGGCGUCGCCAGCGGCAUGACGCACGUCGGAGACACGUUUGAGCCGCGCAUGUACAUGGUCAAAGGAAAACGGAGCCCCGUGGUGCGCCAGCUGCCGUCCGUCGCCUGGCGGCACGUCAACGACGGAGACGUGUUCGUGGUCGACGCGCGCGACUUCGUCUUCGUCUGGACCGGCCGGGCGGCCAACAACAUGGAGAAGAUUCAGGGCGCGCGGCUGGCGCAGCGUCUGAAGGCGGCGCACGGCGGUGGCGAGGUGGUGGUAGUGGAGAGUGGCGCCGAGACCGGCCUCGCGCCCGACGAGCAACGCCGCUUCGACGAGCUGCUCGCGCCGGGCGAGCGGUGCGUGGCGCCCGCCGAGCCGGACGCGGCAGACGAGACACAGGAGCGCCGCCUGGCGGAGCAGCUGCGCCUCUACCGCUGCUCGGACGCCGGCGGCACGCUACAGGUCACCGAGGUCAAGCAUGGCCCGCUUUUCCAGGAGGACCUCGUCUCGGACGACAGCUUCAUUGUCGACAACGGCGACCAGGGCAUCUGGGUGUGGGUGGGCAAACGCGCCAGCGCCAAGGAACGCUCCGAGGGGAUGCGGAAUGCGCAGGGCUUCGUCCAGAAGAAAGGUUACCCGAGCCACACACCCGUCACCCGCGUCAUCGACGGCGGCGAGCCGCCAGAGUUCCGCAGCCUGUUCCGGCAGUGGCGAGAGCGCGGCACUUCCGUCGGCCUCGGCCGCCAGUUCUCGGCCGGUUCGGUGGCCAAGGUGGCGCAGAACCGCUUCGACGCGGCGAUGCUGCACAACAACCGCGCUCUGGCGGCGCGCACGCAGAUGGUCGAUGACGGCUCCGGCCAGAAGCAGGUGUGGCGCGUGGAGAACUUUGACCUGGCUGAGGUUCCCGAGUCGGGCCACGGGAAGUUCUACGGCGGAGACUGCUACGUGGUGCAGUAUACGUACCGUGUCUCCGGCCGCGACCACUGGAUCAUCUACUACUGGCUGGGCGCGUACAGCAGCCAAGACGAGCGCGGCACAGCGGCGCUGAAGGCGGUGGAGCUUGACGACAAGCUUGGGGGAAGGCCGGUGCAGGUGCGCGUGGUGCAGGGCAAGGAGCCGCCGCACUUCAUGGCCAUGUUCUCCGGAAGGCUAGUGAUCUACGCCGGCGGCAAGGCCUCCGCCUUCGACGGCCCGGCCGCCGAGGACCACCUCCUCGGAGACACCUACCUGCUACACGUGCGCGGCACGCAGUCACUCAACACCAAGGCCGUGCAGGUGGAGUGCCGCGCGCGCUCGCUGAACUCCAACGACUGCUUCGUCCUGCGCGCUCCCGAGGGCGUAACCGUCUGGUGCGGCAAGGGUGCGACGGCCGAAGAGCGCGAGGUAGCCGCCGCCGUCGGGCAGGAGGUCAGCGCCGCGUGCGUCACUAUCGUCGAGGGUGAGGAGCCGGACGCGUUCUGGUCGACGCUCGGUGGGCGUGAGGAGUACGCGACCGGGCCGCGGCUGGCCGAGGAGAGGGCUCAGCCCGCGCGGCUCUUCCAGUGCUCGAACGCGUCCGGUGCGUUCCGCGUGACGGAGGUAGCCGACUUCGACCAGUCGGACCUGUGCGAGGACGACGUCAUGCUGCUGGACGCGUGGGACGCCGUGUUCGUCUGGGUCGGCAGCAAGUCGAACCGCGACGAGCGCCAGCAAGCCGAGCAGGCGGCCAUCGAGUACCUGCGCACGGACCCGGCCGGCCGUGGCACGGGCACCCCGAUCCUCCGCACGCGCCAGCACAGCGAGCCGCCCUCCUUCACCGGCUUCUUCGGCGUGUGGAACUCCACCUACUGGGCGGAGCAGCCGAGCUGGGCGGCCGUGCAGAAGGAAGUACGCGAGGCGAACCGGCCAGUGCUGCUGGAGGAGGUGACGGAGCGGCGUGAGGGUCCCCGCUACCCCCUGGAAGUGCUGAAGGAGAAGGAGCUGGCCGCCCUGCCGGACGACGUCGACCCGACCAGGAAGGAGGAGUACCUGGCGCCAGAGGAGUUCACCAAAGUCUUCGGCAUCAGCUGGGCAGAGUUCCAGCGCAUGCCGCAGUGGAAGCGCGUGCAGAAAAAGAAGGCGGUCGGGCUUUUCUAGUCUGCAGGGUGAUGGACUCUGACACGUGAUGUGCGCGGUUGUAAUGAAAGUUAGCGUUAGACUCUGAAGUUUUGCGUUAUUCCUGUGUUCACUUAGCGCGUGUUCAGUUAGGAGAACCCGAGGCUUUGCAGCGGAUCAGAAGCAGACACCCGAUGUCAAAGCUUGUUAACCGUCACCCCAGUUAAUGGUGUGGAAGGGAAUGUUAGAUAAUUGUUGGCCAUCAGAUGCCUGUCCUCGAUAAGUGAGGUGCGUUAUAUCCUUUGCCCCCAAGCGGCGCUGCACAGGCAGGCAUAAGUGCAGACGUGUCUGCGCUGCACCCCACUAGCGUCAACACAUGUCCUCGGCAUGCAGUGUGUGCUGGAUCUGCCUGUCCCCGCAACGAAACAUGCAGGCAGAAC